UUAGGAGCGUUGAUGGCUUGCCUUUCAUUAUAAGAAAGUACCAUUCCGGACACUCGGUUACUUCGAUGUAUGACGGGAUUGGGGUGAGGUCACGCCCGUUCUGAACAGUCAUUAAAGGCACUCACAGAUAAUCGGGACGUACCAGACGAAGGCGUCGCCCAUAUACAGGGCACUGGAAUUCGUCAGGAUAUUACCGGAAGUUGUAGUGUAAAACAUGAUAUUCAAAGCCAUUGUGUGAGGAAUCAGUAUGGAUUUACGCUAUAAUGUAUUAACGACAGGAUGGAAAAAUCAAGGGUUUCGUUGGUCAGUGAAAUGGCAAAUUCAUCUUCGAAUGUCACCUACACCACGCCGACGUUUUACACAAGAGCAGCAGAAGUUGACAAGGUUCUUCAAUAUUUCGAGGACCUGAUCACAUGGUUUUCAGUUUACCUCCCGCUAGGUGUCGUGGUCAUUGGAGUGGCCGGCAACCUUCUCUCAUUUCUCCUCCUAUCACGGGCUCAGUACAAAUCAUCGUCGACUUGUUUUUAUACGAAAAUGUUGGCCAUUUCAGAUUCGAUGUAUUUGAUGACUCUAACUGCGCGCAUCUCAUCAGAAGUGACUGAUUUUAUAUUUGGUGAAGCAACAGUAUAUUGCAUCUUUCUAAACGGCUUCAAACGCCUGUGGCCGGCCGUAUCAUCGAUCCUUUUGACAGCCAUGUCAGUUGACAGAUGUAUUGCCGUGGUCAUUCCCCUCAGGGCCAGAGUUCUCUGCAGUGUUUACAGAGCAAACCUUGUAACUUGUUUUAUCGUCAUCAUCGCAGCAGUACUACACAUAGGUACACAGGUGGGACGAGCAGCCAUUACAGAAAAUGGAACAAACGAUUGCAUCUUUCGCAAACUCCCAGGAAUGUGGGGUUAUUAUUACGCGCAUUUUAGAAUAAUAACAACAUAUUACAUUCCCCUAAGUUUGGUGUUCGUUUCAAAUCUGGGGAUCAUCAGUGUAGUGUCAUCAAACAGACGCAGAAGAUUGAGGUUACAGAAUGGGCGAGGUCAAGGUCAGACACAGAAAGAUGGCGGCAGUCACAUUACAACAAUGCUUCUUGCUGUUUCCGGAAGUUCAAUUCUCUGUCAGCUUCCAAAUCAGAUCAGCAGGACCUAUUUUAACUAUACUACCACCAGUUUUAUAACACCACGAGCAAUCGCUGUUCGAACAUUCACCAAAGUUUUUGCGGAAUUCUUUCUUUAUUGUAAUUAUGGAAUGAAUUUUUAUGCGUACACAUUGCCCAUUGCAAAAUUUCGGCGUGAAUUACGGGAAAUGCUUGUUUCUGUCAAAGCGAUAUCGGCCCAGUAACCAAGAACGAUUCUUGUCUUAUGAGUACUGGUUUUGCGAAUGUCGUACUCGUGAGUGCUGAGUUUUCUUAUCCUUUGGUCAGAUGACCGUGAAGUGCAUGGCAGAUCGACAGAUCUUGUUUAUGACCAGCAGAUGUAUACAGAAAUGCAUUGACUGUUUUUAUAAUUCCCUCCACAUCUCCAUUCGAGUCUCAACACAGGCACAGGUAAUCUUGAUCCAAUAAAUCAUUGGGUCAAGUCCUUGAUACUCUAGUUGCACCGAUCUGAGACCGGUGGAUG